GAAGAUGGUGGAGGCAUCGUAGGCUUGACGACAUAAGAUGCGGAUAAUAGAUGAUUACAACGAAAGACUGCCAUACAGGAAUAUAAAACGCUUAAUGGAUAUAAUACCGAGCAUAUUUUAAUGACAUCAAUUCGACGGCAGGACUCAAAUAAUUAUGUACUAUUUGGUUUCAGUUUAACAUUUUGUUUUAUUAAUUUAAAUAAAAUCAUAUUUUAAUAGCUACAUUUUUUGUUUAAAGAAGAUGCGGGUGAGUUUUGCUGUGAGCCGUGUCUUCGUGUGAUAAUUAAUAUGUAUAGGUAGGCCAGAACGAUAUGGAAAACAAAAGGUUCAUGCGGAUGGUGAAUGCAGAGGAUGAAGAAAACUGCAUCGCGAACGUCCUUUAGUGCUCGCGCAGGAUUGUGAAUUUGCGUCUAAGACGUAACGGUAGACAACUUGAACGCACACUGCAGAAAACAGACGGAUUUGAAAACAUUGAAAGAUGAAGGUGCAGCCGGUCAUUCUGUAUUUGUGGGCAUUAACGACUCUUCUGCCGGUCACCUUCUCUGGCGCCGUUUCUUUCCCGGUGCUUCUGCGUUUUCCCUUGCGGCAGGGGUCCCUCUCACAGCCUGCAUCCACCAGGGGUCCUGGUCGGUCUGUCAGGAUAAGGAGGGGAGCCGGUGGGAUGAAUUUUGUAAACAUGAUCGACAAUCUGAGAGGAAAGUCAGGACAGGGGUAUUACAUCGAAAUGGCUGUGGGCACACCGUCCCAGAAGCUGAACAUCUUGGUGGAUACAGGCAGCAGUAAUUUUGCAGUGGGUGCUGCUGCUCACCCAUUUCUACACAGAUACUACCAUCGCUCACUUUCUACGUCGUACAGAGACCUGGUCCGCAGUGUGUAUGUGCCAUACACACAGGGCCGCUGGGAAGGGGAACUGGGUACAGAUUUGGUGUCAAUUCCUCAUGGGCCCAAUGUUUCACUGAGGGUAAACAUAGCUGCCAUUACCCAGUCUGACCGCUUCUUCAUCAAUGGAUCCAACUGGGAGGGAAUACUAGGGCUUGCCUAUGCGGAGAUUGCAAGGCCGGAUGAGAUGUUGGAGCCGUUCUUCGACUCUCUGCUGAGACAGACCAGCGUCCCAGAUGUGUUUUCACUGCAGCUCUGUGGAGCAGGAUUCACCCAGAACUACAGCGCAGGCAGUUCUACUGUAGGGGGCAGUAUGAUCAUUGGGGGAAUAGAUCCAUCCUUAUAUGUCGGUGAGCUGUGGUACACACCAAUCAGGCGGGAAUGGUAUUAUGAGGUCAUCAUAGUGCGCAUUGAAGUUAACGGGCAGGACCUCAAUAUGGACUGCAAAGAGUAUAACUAUGAUAAAAGUAUCGUGGACAGCGGCACUACAAACCUGCGUCUCCCACGUAAGGUGUUCCAGUCUGCGGUGAAGGCCAUUGAAGCUGCCUCCUCGACCGAACAGUUUCCCUCAGGUUUUUGGCUGGGUGAGCAGCUGGUAUGUUGGCAGUCUGGCACCACACCCUGGCACAUCUUCCCAGUGAUCUCCCUCUACCUGAUGAGUGAGAACAGAAACCAGUCUUUCCGCAUCUCUAUCCUACCACAGCAGUAUUUGAGGCCGGUGGAAGACGUGGCCUCGGCACAAGAGGACUGUUAUAAAUUCGCUGUCUCUCAGUCCAGCACUGGUACAGUAAUGGGUGCUGUCAUCAUGGAGGGAUUCUAUGUGGUUUUCGAUCGAGAACACAAACGCAUUGGCUUCGCUGUCAGCACAUGUCACGUCCAUGAUGAGUUUCGUACUGCGUCAGUGGAGGGUCCAUUCCAUGGCGUUGACCUGGAAGACUGUGGCUACAAUGUCCCUCAGACCGAUGAGUCCACACUUAUGACAAUCGCCUACAUUAUGGCAGGCAUAUGUGCCCUGUUUAUGCUGCCUCUGUGUCUCAUGGUCUGUCAGUGGCGUUUUACACGCUGCCUUCAGCCGCUGGGCGCUGGAGACUUCUCUGAUGACAUAUCCCUCCUGAAGUGAGCCAUAUCUAAACAAAGGGCGAUUACACUGUUUGCAUCUUUGAGGGCAUCAAUGAAAACCCCUCAAAGAGAGGGGAAACACUGGCAGAACGACAACAAUUAUAACUAUAUAAUUGGAAUCCUGUCUUGGAGGGAUUUUGAUCUCUCUAUUUCUGUUUGACUAUAUGUGAUAUGUGAAUGAUCCCAUAUCUUACAGGUUAGAUAGCUGUUUUGGGACUGCUUAAGUAAAGUACUGUAAAGCAGUGGUUCUCAAACUGGCGACUUUUUUAUUUUUGCCAGUUUUUGUGGCAUUUUAUGAAAUAUAGAAAUGUAUCAUACAUUUUGUGCAGUUAUACAUCUGUUAAAAAAGACCACAAACCAAAAGAGUGGCUGGUUGAGCAUUAGAUAAUUGAAUAUGUUUUUGCUUUAAUUAAAAUUCUAUUUAAGAUUACAAGUUUUUAUUUGGGGGCCCCUAAGCGAUGCACCCUACACAAAGGGGGCCUUACAACUAAUUUUUUUGAGAACCACUGCUGUAAAGUAUAUGUGAGUGUGUGUGUGUGUGUGUGUGUGUGUGCGAGAGAUAGAAUUUGUGCACAACUAAGAUGUCAUAUACUAAUAUUUGAGCAUCAAGAAAUGCAAAGUAUAACGUUGAGAAUGCAUUUUUGUUUCUUUUAUUACUAAACAUUAUAUUCAAGUCUCUGUCCACCAAGGAAUUAAAAUGUAUUAUAUUAGGUAUUAAAAUACAUUGCAGAGACAUAUUGUGACUGUAAUAAUUAGAAGCUUACAGUAAAUAGACCAAUAUGUUCAACAGUUUACAAUAGGUUGUAUUUGUUCACAUUAAUAAAUGUAUUAGCGGAAAUUAACUAACAAUGAGCACUAAAGAGUUUCUGCAGUUUUUGCAACUUUUGAUUGUAACCCUCAUGUUGUAUUCAGGCUAUUUUGAACCGAAGAAAAUGUGCUUUUAUCGAAAUAUACUAGUUAAUGUUAUUACAUUGGACUGAAACUGACUUUGUUUACACAGACUAUAACAACGUCUCUGAAAAAAAAACAUGAUUUUUGUUGCUUAUUUAUUGAUUUUGUCCUAUUUGUUUUUUAUUCUACCUUGUGGUGUUCCCAGUCAAAAAGGACCGACCUACAGUUCAAUUCAAUUCAAUUCAAUUUUAUUUAUAUAGCGCUUUUCACAAUGUGCAUUGUUCCAAAGCAGCUUUACAGGAGCAAAUAAGAAAAACACAGAAAGGUAAAACACAGCACAGUGCAUGGUGUUUAUAGACCAAGCAAGAUCAUUAUAAUAAAUAAUAUCUAAUAAAUAAAUGAAUAAAUAAAUAAAUAAUACAGAACAUAGCUUAUAUAUCACUUGUUAUGCUACAUUAUCACGAAAUAUUGGAUUCAAUCUUUUUGUCAACUGGUUUUCUUUCAAUUAGGACAGGUUUUGUAAUUCUUUUUCAAACUGAUUUAACAUAGGCCUUAUCUGAGCUCAUUCCCUUAGUUUUGAGUUUUUGUACAGUUUGUGUUGCUCCAUGAAAUUGUCUUUAUAUUAAAGUGUCAGUGGGUUCUUUUUUGUUUGUCACAAUGACCAGAUUUGACAGACACAGUCAUAUGGUUGUUUGUCACAGUCCUGCAUUCUUGGUUCUGUAUUUCUAGUCAUGUGGCAGGAUUGGGACUGAACCCUUAGGUUUUAUGUGAGAAAGCCAUGAUAUGUUUAUGUUUUUUACUUCUCGUGUUUUCUCGUGUCUCGUCAGUGGCCCCGCCCCUCUCGUUUCCUGUAUUGUUUCCUGUCCGUGUCUAAUGUUUCCCACCUACCCUAGCUUGUUAUCCCUCAUUUGUCUUGCCUUUAUGUACCCUCAUGUUUCAUUGUCUUGUUGCUCGUGCAUUGUACAUGGAGUCUUUCGUGGCGUUCGUCAUUGGAUGUUUCCUGUGCGUUUCUGUCUUCCCCUUGCUCCCGUUAGGAUUGUCUUGUCACGUUUGCUAAGUGUUAGUUUAGUUUGUCUAGUAAUGUUUUUGCUUAGUUUAUUGUGAGUCAGUCUACGUCCUGUUUAGUAUCCUGUUUUGUUUUGUUAUACCCCCUCGUGGGUUUUUUGGUUUUGAUGUUUUGCGUGUCUUUUUGUUAAAUAAAGUAUCCUGUUAACCCCUUCAUCUUUGCCUGCCUGCAUCUGGGUUCUUCCGCCUCGCACGAUUGUGACAGAAUGCACGAGCCAGCCAGAACCCAGCAGGCAGCUCCAAAGGACGGCACGGCGUCGUCCUCGCGGGCCGCCCAAGCCCACUUGCUGCUGGGGUUCCGUCAGGGGAGUUACGGGAACCGGGAGUUCGCCGGGGCAUUCUCGACGGUGGCGAGGUCGUCUGAGUUUGGCAAGGCGGAGUUGAAGGUGAUCUUCAACUGCUGCCUCACUCAGCGCCUCGCCCCGUCGGAGAAGAGGCUGCUGGCUCCCCUUGGGCUUGCGGACAUGGUCAGGUUCGUGGCCAACCGGGACGGUCCCGAGGGUGAUGUUCCACUCGGAGCCCUCACCCCACUGUCAACCGCUCCGGAGAGCCUCGUCCUGGCUGCCGCUGCCCGGGGGUACUCAGUACCCUCCGGCUUGAGCUCCACGGUCCCCGGUUCUCCUGGCGGCGCCUGUGGUGAGUGGGGGAGGUGUGACCCGGGGAUGACGUCUGCAGUCUCCACCAACGCAGAACUCCCUCCGGUCCCCACGGUUCCGCCUAAGUUGGCUAUGGACCCAGUGGUGCGGAGAAGGAGGGAGAAGCGUUGAGGAGGAGCGUCCACGCCGGUGCAGCCGGCCUUCCAGCCGGUCCCCAGCCCUGUGCGGCCGGUCUUCCAGCCGGCGCCCAGCCUUGCUCCGCCGACAUUACAGUCGGCAGUUCCCCCCAGGACUUCCGCCUCGAAGUCCCCCAGGACUUUGCGCCCUCAAGCGCAGCCGGGGACUAGGACUGUUCCCCCCACAAGUCCUUGUCUGUCCCCACCUCCCCUCCCAUGUUUAUUAUUUUUGUUGUCCCAACCCAGUAAUUGUAUUUUCUGUAUUGCCCUUGGUUAUGUUGUCUAUGUGUAUUUGGUUCCUGUCUUUGUCCCAGUCUGUCAUGUCUUGUUUGUCAACCCCUUGGUGAACACCUGGGGGUGUUCAUUAAGGGGGGGGGGGGGCUCUGUCACGGUCCUGCAUUCUUGGUUCUGUAUUUCUAGUCAUGUGGCAGGAUCGGGACUGAGCCCUUAGGUUUUAUGUGAGAAAGCCAUGAGGUGUUUGUUUUUUACUUCUCAUCUGUUUUCCCGUGUCUUGUCAGUGGCCCCGCCCCUCUCGUUUCCUGUAUUGUUUCCCGUCCGUGUCUAAUGUUUCCCACCUGCCCUAGCUCGUUAUCCCUCAUUUGUCUUGCCUUUAUAUACCCUCAUGUUUCAUUGUCUUGUUGCUUGUGCAUUGUACAUGGUGUCUUGUCACAUUUAGUAAGUGUUAGUUUAGUUUGUCUAGUAAUGUCUUUGCUUAGUUUAUUGUGAGUCAGUCUACGUCCUGUUUAGUAUCCUGUUUUGUUUUGUUAUACUCCCUCGUGGGUUUUUUGGUUUUGAUGUUUUGCGUGUCUUUUUGUUAAAUAAAGUAUCCUGUUAACCCCUUCAUCUUUGCCUGCCUGCAUCUGGGUUCUUCCGCCUCGCACGAUUGUGACAGUUGUUGAUGUUUCUAUCAUUUGCCAAGUAAAAAAUACAGCUUACUCGAAUAUGACAGUAUUGUUAUUGUCUAUGAAAUGUUCCAUGAGAUGAUAUCUAUAUGAUAACGUUGAUGUGUUCUUGUAUGUCAAAAUGGUCAGAUUAGACACAGAAACGGCACAAUUGUUACAUCACACUCUUGUACAGAAAAUACAAUGAUUUCAAAAUAAAGGUCCUGAGUAUUUUGAUCUUCCACAUUAACUUUCAAUUCGGUCAUUUUUUAAUAUGCAUAAGCUCAGAUCAAAGAAGGCUACGAUUAAUUAGUUUGAAAAAGAAAUACAAAACCAGUCUUAAAUGAUAGAAAACAUUUUGACAGAAAGAUUGAAUCUAAUAUUUGGUGAUAAUAUAGCAUAUCAGGUGUUUCUAAGCUAUGUUUGGUAGCAAGGUUUUGACUGGGAAAACCACAAGUGUGAUUGGGUUUUAAAACAGCACAAGGGUUAAAAAUGUACUAGUAAUACUGAAAUUAACAUAAAAAAGAUCCAUAAAUGCCAUUGAAGUAUUGUUCAUUGUUAGUAUAUUUUAGGUAAUGCAUAACUAAUUCUAAUGUUAACAAAUAAUUGUUCAAACAAACAUGAUUUAAAAAAAAAUGGGUGAAUAUCAUGCUUUCUGCCCUUUCUUGCCAACACAAUUACUGAUAUGUAUUAGGACAAGCACAUAGCCUACAUAAAUGCACUGUCCUAAUCAAAUCUUCUUAAUAAACCCGCUUAAAAUGUG